AUGCGUGGCGACAAUGCGGACGCCGACAAAAAAUGCGGCGUGAUCGAAACGAUGCGCAUUGGAUCACAUGUACGUCAGGUAUUGAACGAUUCUAAAGAUGUAGGCGCUUGCGCCGCCACCUCGGGCUUCGACUUGUACACGGCCGACAACCUGCCAACUGAAGCAAAGAUGGCCGAGAUUUGUGACAUCCCCGCGUGCAACUCAUCCAUCAGUAAUCUCGAUGGACUCAACUUGCCUGACUGCAUCCUGAAAAUCCCCUUCGUAGACGCCAAACUGAACUUUGCUAAGCUGCUGAAGCAAUUUCAGACUGCUUGCGAUAGCUCAAGCACUUCCGACUCGGCCUCGGGUUCGACCUCGGAUUCGACGUCAAAUUCGGAAGAGGACGACGAUUCGGACGACAAGUCGGACGAUUCGGACGACGAGUCGGACGAAGACGAGAACGAAGAUGGAGACAAGUAG